CUCGGUCCCAUAUUGAACUUGAGUUGGAAGAGGCGAGUCCGGUCUCAAAAUGGAGGGUCAUGAUCCAAAGGAACCAGAGCAGUUGAGAAAACUGUUCAUUGGUGGCCUGAGCUUUGAAACUACAGAUGAUAGUUUAAGAGAACAUUUUGAGAAAUGGGGCACACUCACAGAUUGUGUGGUAAUGAGAGACCCCCAAACAAGACGUUCCAGGGGCUUUGGUUUCGUGACUUCCUCUUGGGUUGAAGAGGUGGAUGCAGCAAUGUGUACCGGGCCACACAAAGUUGAUGGACGUGUAGUGGAGCCAAAGAAAGCUGUUUCUAGAGAGGAUUCUGUAAAGCCUGGUGCCCAUCUAACAGUGAAGAAAAUUUUGGUUGGUGGUAUUAAAGAAGAUACGGAAGAAUAUAAUUUGAGAGACUACUUUGAAAAGUUUGGCAAGAUUGAAACCAUAGAAGUUAUGGAAGAUCGACAGAGUGGGAAAAAGAGAGGAUUUGCUUUUGUAACUUUUGAUGAUCAUGAUACAGUCGAUAAAAUUGUUGUUCAGAAAUACCACACUAUUAAUGGGCAUAAUUGUGAAGUGAAAAAGGCCCUUCCUAAACAAGAGAUGCAGUCUGCUGGAUCACAAAGAGGUCGUGGAGGUGGAUCUGGCAACUUUAUGGGUCGUGGAGGAUACUUUGGAGGUGGUGGAGGUAAUUUUUGUCAUGGUGGAAACUUUGGUGGAAGAGGAGGCUAUGGUGGUGGAGGUGGUGGCAGCAGAGGUAGUUAUGGAGGAGGUGAUGGUGGAUAUAAUGGAUUUGGAGGUGACGGUGACAACUAUGGCGAUGGGCCUGGUUGUAGCAGUAGAGGGGGCUAUGGGGGGGGGGGGCCAGGGGGUGGAGGCGGUGGAUAUGGUGGUGGUGGUGGAGGAUAUGAUGGUUACAAUGAAAGAGGAAAUUUUGGCAGUGGUAACUACGGUGGUGGUGGAAACUAUAAUGAUUUCGGAAAUUACAGUGGACAACAGCAAUCAAAUUAUGGACCCAUGAAAGGGGGCAAUUUUGGUGGAAGAAGCUCGGGCAGUCCUUAUGGUGGUGGUUAUGGAUCUGGUGGUGGAAGUGGUGGAUAUGGUAGCAGGAGGUUCUAAAAACAGCAGAAAAGGGCUACAGU